AUCCAACACAUUACAAUGGUGCCACAACAUACGUGCUGAGGAGAUUGAGUUGUUUUGACAGAAGCAAACACCUAUUUUCAAAGUAAUUCACAAUGGAGUUAAAGAAUGAAAUACAAUUUAUUGGAAAAUAUUAGCUUUUGGGCAUAAUGUUUUGAACAAUUUAUUUUGAUUUUCGAGUUGUAAUUAGACAAUUCUGCAUUGAUUGUAUGGAUGAUAAAAUGGUUUGUUGCCCGUCUGUCAUUUGUGGUUUCCCGUUUGUCAUUUUUUUUUCUACGUCAUCUGUGCCCUCGUGCUCCUGGUUGUCUCGAGUGUAAUAGAUUUGGAGGUUAUGUAUGGCGUAAUCACGUAUUUCACCAAGUAUUAAAAUAUUGAGGCUUGAAAGAUAGAUUAUUGAAGAAAGUGCACUUACUUGUGAAUUAUCAUGACGUAUAUUAAUUCUUGGGAAGAAUUUGAGAAAGCAGCAGAAAUGCUGUACUUACAGGAUCCAAUGAAGGUCCGAUAUACAAUGAAGUAUCGCCACUGUGAGGGAUGUUUAUGUUUGAAGCUCACCAAUGAUAGUGUUUGUGUUCAGUACAAAACGGAAAUUAUUCAAGAUCUCAAAAAGAUAGAAAAGUUUAUAAACAAUCUUAUGAGACAUAUGGCUUCUAAGGAACAGUAA